AUGGCCGGAUCAUCUUCUUCUGAUUCUCUCCUCUCAAUGAACACUAUUCUCCACCUAAUCUCCAAUCGCCUCACCUCGUCCAAUUACCUCAUUUGGAGAAAUCAAAUAGUGUCACUUCUCCAAUAUCAGAAUCUCCUGCCUCUCGUUGAUGGCUCCUCCACUAAGCCGCCUUCCACGAUUGUCAAGGAAGGGACCUCUAUUCUAAAUCCUGAAUUAACAGAGUGGCAAUCUGCUGAUCAAAGGGCAGUCAUACUUCUUCAAGCUUCUCUCUCUGAAGAGGCUUUUCCUCUGUCUUCGAGAUCAACUCCGCCAGGUGUCAAAAGGCUCUUCCUCUGUCUCCGAUUUUGGGCGAAAAUUUCGCACUAUUUGUGA